UAUGGAAUUGCCGGAAGAAUGCAUCGCUGACAUACUGUGCCGUACUACUCCAGUAGAUGUCGCCAGGAACUCCGUCGUGUCUAAGAUCUUCUGCUCCGCCGCUGAAUCUGACACUAUUUGGAAUCAUUUUCUCCAUUCCGAUUAUCAUUCCAUCGUUCCCCAGUCUCUUUCCUUGGCCAACGCUCCUUCAAAGAAAGCCCUUUAUCUCGCUCUCUCAGAUCACCCUAUCAUCAUCGACCAGGGGAAAAAGGUAAAUACUCUCAUCAAUCUAAUAAGCUUUCAAUUGGACAGGAAGAGUGGGAAGAAAUGUUACAUGCUCUCUGCUAGAGCUCUCCACAUUUCUAGGGGUGACGAUGAACGUUACUGCAGCUGGGUCACCCUCCCAGAGUCUAGGUUUGAAGAAGUUGCCCAGCUUAAACUUGGGUUCUGGUAUGGUAUUUGUGGGAAGAUAAAUAUCGUUGAUUUGUCCUCAAACACUCAGUAUGCAGCUUUUCUUGUUUUUAAGUUGAUCACUGACGAUCGAUAUUUCCAAAACCCUGUGAUGUUCUCAAUUGGCAUUUUUGGAGGGCCUAUGCGUACCAAGGUGGUUUGGAUGGACAUUGAGUUAGAAAAGUUUAUUGACAAGGUAUUAGAAUAUCCCAAUGUGAGAAGUGAUGGCUUGUGGGAGAUUGAGAUGGGGCAGUUCUUCAAUUCAGGCCUAGACGAUGGUGAAGGGGAGAUGACAGUUAUGAUGCCAUAUGAUUAUGUUUUGGGGGGCAGUUUCUAUCUUGAAGGAAUAGAAGUUAGGCCUAAGAUAUAGUAGUAGGACUAGCAAAUAUGUUAACUUAUUAUAACUUUUGGGGGUAGAAAAUAAACAUAUAUAGCAUGUUCCCCAAAUAAAAUUCUCUUUAAUUUCUUAGUUUUUGACAAAAUGAAAUGAACUUAUUGUGUGUCUGUUUAUUCUUUAUUCCCUUUGCUUGUUUAAUC